GAGGCAGCAGGACAGACACAGCGGUACCACCUACCCGGAGUCGGAGCCGUCAGCCUCGCUCAGUACCGCUCCAACUGUGACGCCGGCCGGUCCGACUCCGCCGCCCGCCCGCCGCCGUGCCACGCUGUGCCGUUAGUGAGGCGACGGGGAUCUCAGGCUCAUCAGUGGGCAAUACGGGUAAAGACGAGUGCUGAUUGAUAAUCAGUCAGUACAAAGUACAUACCAGCUGGAUCGAGAUCGGAGUUUUGAUUCACAUAUUCGCUGGUCAGUGAUAUCGAUCAUCUGAAAACAAGACGCGGCAAGGUGGUCACUGGUCAGUCCUCAUCACUUCCAACAUCUUCAGAGGGUCUCAGCUCGCCGAUCUAGUCAGCCAGCACUCAGAGUGUCAGCUGAUAUCGUCGGCCGACACCUGACCGAGCCGGGAGAGGCUGUCAGUCGCGUGGACCGCCCCCAGCCGGGACUAUAACGGUCUCUCAGCUCCACCGACCACAGUCGUCAGGAUGGCGUCUGUUCUCUCCGCCGCUGUCUGCGUGCUGCUGCUGCUGUCACCAGCCGCUGCCAUCAACGUGCUCAUCUUACACCCGGUGUACGCGGGCAGCCACGAACUGACACUGCGGGUACUCGGUGAACAGAUGGUGGCGCGCGGACACAACGUCACUCAGAUCAGAUUUUUGAGCCGGAAAUCGAAGCCGGUCGACUCACCUGUGGAGCUUUUGAGCCGGACGGUGAACAACACGGACCUGCGCUCGUCGUACUUUGACCGUGAUGGUGUGUUCGUUCCCCCGACCGACCUGCUGUGGCAGCGCACCCGGCGCCUGUCCAGCCUGCCCACCGACGUGUUCUCCAUGACACACGCCUUCUGCGAGAGCCUGCUGGGUGACCACCACCUGUUCGAGUCGCUGCGUCAGCGCCGCUUUGACGUAGCGCUGGUCGACAUCAUCUCCAACGAGUGCGGUCUGGCGCUGGCCGCAGCGCUAAAGCUGCCCGUGGUGGGCUUCUGGGGCUUCAGCUUUGUCGGCGGAGAGAGUCACGCCACGUCCACGAUGAACCUGCCGUCUGUGACGCCCACCUUCCUGUCCGACACGGGGCCUCAGAUGGGCUUCACGGCUCGCCUCUACAACACGCUCUGUAUGAUCGUACACAAGGUGCUGCUACAGGUUCAGUUCCGAAUCGCCAACGAGUAUAUCCAGAGGCACUACCCGACGCUGCCAGACGCAGCCACCCUGGUGAGCAACAUCGACAUGGUGUUGGUUCACUCCAACUUCCUAGCCUCACAGCCGGUCCUGCUGCCGCCCAACGUCCAAAUGAUCGGCUGUACCCAGUGCAGGGACGCCAGACCGCUGCCCAAGGACUAUGAGGACUUCAUGCAGAGCGCCGGUGAGCACGGCGUAAUCGUUUUCAGUCUGGGCAUCACCGGCUACGAGGCCCUCUCUGUUCCCGACGACUACAUCGAGGCCUUCAUGAACGUCUUCGGCCGGCUCAAGCAGAAGGUGCUGAUGAGGUUCACUGCGUCCCGUUUGAAGAGGGUCCCGUCCAAUGUCAAGGUCGUUGACUACCUUCCUCAGAUCGAUGUCCUUGGUCACAACCAGACCAGAGUGUUUGUCACCCACUGUGGCAUGAACGGUAUGAUGGAGGCCUUCUACGCAGGAGUCCCGCUGCUUGGAGUUCCUAUCUUCGGCGACCAGGGAGACAACUCGAAGUUUAUGCAUCAUCGCGAGCUUGGUAUUGGGCUGGACAAGUUUGGUCUGACCGAAGAAAUUCUGAUGGACUCCCUCAAUAAGCUUCUUUACAUUAACAAGUACCGGGAUAACGUGCGGCGCGUGCGCGACAUCUGGCGGAUGGAGCCGGAGUCGGCCACGGACCGUGCCCUACACUGGAUCGAGCUGGUGUCGCGGUUCGGCGCGCCCAGCCACCUGAGGAUGGUGGACGGCCACCUGCGCUGGUACCAGUACUGGCUACUGGACGUGGCAGCGGUAUACGCCGCUGUACUCCUGGCUGCGGUGAUGGUGGUAGUGCUCGGUGUGCGCGGCUGCCUCCGACGUCUGACCGGAAAGGCCGUGACGACGCCGGUCAGCCCGCGGAAGACCAAGGCGAAGAAGGAGUAG